AUGCAAUCCCUACAACGCCAAGGUAUCACUCCCGUGGCGCGGCCAACCUUGUCGCGAAAGGCGGCUCGAGCUAUCUUGGGCCGGAGCCGCGCGGUGAAGGUGCUGGCGGUGGCUGCACCGGCCGCGCCGGAGGUUGCUACCGCUGCUGUUGGCGACGCGCCAAUUAAGAUGAGCCAGGUUGUGAUGUGGAGCGAGGGCAAGCGGCUUCAGACGCAGGUAGAGGACGGCUUCAUCGGGGCUUCUCAGGGUCUAAGGGGCCCCAGCACCGUGGUCGGCCUCGUGUUGCCGACCGAGGGGGAAGGUGUUCUGCCCAUUGCGGAGGACACCAUCACGAUUCGGUCGCUUGAUUGGGACCGCGACCGCUUCGACAUUGAGUUCGGCUUGGAGAACGGCACCACCUAUAACGCCUACCUUAUAUACGGGGCGGACAAGACUGCGCUCGUGGACGCCUCGCAUGAGAAGUUCCAUAACCUGUUUUUGGAGGUAUAUCAUUUCGUGCAACUCAGGGGGGAGGGGGCCCUGCAGGCCGAGCUGAAGGCUGCGGGCCGUUCCCUGGACUACAUCUUCGUGUCGCACACGGAACCCGACCACUCGGGCCUUGUGCCUGCCGUACUGGAUCUCCACCCGGAGGCGGUGGUGUGCGGCUCCAAGGUCUGCAUCAGCUUCCUGCAAAACCUCACUCACAGGCCAUUCAAGGCUCAGGCCGUCAAGGGUGGCGACAAGGUUGAUCUGGGCGGCGGCCACGUCAUCGAAUUCGUGAUGGCGCCCAACCUGCACUGGCCCGACACCAUGUUCUCAUUCGAUCACGCCACCGGGGUCAUGUUCACUUGCGACGCCUUCGGCAUGCACUACUGCUCGGAGCAGCCCUUCGAUGCGGAUGUUAAGGCCAUUCUGCCGCACUACAGGUUUUACUACGACUGCUUGAUGAAGCCCAACGCCAAGUCCGUUACCACCGCGCUGCGGAAGGUCAAGGAUCUGCCGUACACCCUCAUUGCCAACGGUCACGGACCGUUGCUGCGGUACAACGUGUCGGAGUUGGUUGGCGACUACGGCCGGUGGAGCGCGGCUCUGGGAAAAGGCUCCACGAGUGUUGCCGUACUGUACUGCUCGGAUUACGGCUUUUCGGACCGGCUGAGUCAGACCCUUGCCAAGGGUAUUACCAAGGCGGGAGUGGCCACGGAUAUGAUCGACCUGCUGUCGGUGGACCCCCAGGAGCUGGUGGCGGUGGUGGGUCGCUCGGCGGGUAUCGUGCUGAUGAGCCCCCCUCGGGAUAGCGCGGACGCGCGGACCAGUCUGGCGGCGUUGUCCUCCGCCGUGAAGCCCAGGACCAAGGUGGUGAUUGCCGAGUCGUACGGCGGGCGGGACGAGCCAGUAGAUGUGCUUGCCGCGAGCCUUGUGGAUGUGGGCGCGGAGCUGCUCGCUCCUCCGCUGCGCAUCAAGGACUUGCCCGCCCAGUCUACCUACCAGCUGUUCGAGGAGGAGGGUACCGAUCUGGCUCAGGCCCUGACGGCCAAGGAGACGCUGGCUCGCAAGAAGGCCGCCAUGUCCAGCGACGUGGCUAAGGCCCUCGCCCGCCUGUCCUCCGGUUUGUACGUGGUGACCGCACAGCACAACAACGCCAGGUCGGCGAUGGUGGCGUCGUGGGUGUCGCAGGCCUCCUUCGAGCCCUUGGGUUUGACCAUUUCGGUGGCCAAGGACCGUGCCAUUGAGAGCCUCAUGCAGGUUGGUGACUCGUUCGUCCUCAACUGCCUUGGAGAGGACUCGUACGCCCCGCUGCUAAAGCACUUCUUGCAGCGUUUCGCCCCGGGUGCGGACCGUUUCGAGGGCGUGAGCUGGUUCCCCGCACCUGAGACCAAGUGCCCGGUGCUGGCGGAGGGUAUCGCCUACAUGGAGUGCCGCGUGGUCAUCAACGGCAACGUCACCAACACGGCUGCUCGUACUGCCGUACACCGCCGCAAGGUGGCGACCUACUACUAG